GCCCACAGAUCCAUAGCUAGGCUGCUAACCACUUCACCAUGAAGGCACGCACGUUAUGAAAUUCAACCUUUGAAACGUGCCCACUAUUCUGCGUUACAUAAAGAUUCUGUAUCGAAUAAUUUAUGUACGGUAACUGUAAGUAAUCUAAGAAACAAUACCCAUGAACGUAUUUUUGGUAAUGACUAUUUAAAACAUCAUGAUUUCUUAUGCAGAUUCUCAAGAUAGCCUCGUAGAGGAAUCUGAUGAUAAUCCUGAACCAACGGUGACGCCCUGCAAAGAUGGAGACUCCAGGCUGCCACGUUUCAAGAACCCGCCAAGUGUGACAUCCAUCACGGCAAACAGUGCGAUGGUGGGUCUCACCCCUUGGACGACACAAUAUUACAUUGGUGAAAUGCCAGAUGGCAGCCAGCCCUCCUUCGUGCUGCAGUUUUGGGAAGAUGGGAGCAGGAGGCUCGCUCAGGAGUACAAAACAUUUGCACGGAACACACACACGUUCUCUGGCCUGACACCGGGCACGAUGUACACGUUCUCUGACAUAAAAGCGAACAUGAUGUACACGUUCUCUGGCCUGACACCGAACACAAGUUACCACGUCCAGGCGCUGGUGAAGGUGACGGUGGGCGGCAAGACCUGCACGGCUGACGGGGAGGAGGUGAAGGCCAUGAACUUCACCACUUUUUGUCCAGAUCCGCCGAAGCCUGUAGGACUGUCAGCCACCAGACGCUACGACACCAGAAUUGCUGUUCAAUGGUCGCCUGUGAGGUACCCGCGGCAGUGUGAUCUACAGUACCGGCUAAAAGUGGAGAAGAAACGGGGCAAUAAUCGUUUUAUCAAAGAUCAUGUGACAGAGGAGGUGCAUGCUUCUAUUACCAACCUGCAGCCCUACACUGACUACCUUGUCAUGGUUCAGUCAAAGAGUGGCGGGAAGUAUUCUGAUAUCACCUACACCACUGUCAAAACACUUCCUUCCAAACCUGGGAAAGUGACCGGUCUGCGAAAGGUGGAGGCAAACGGGACUUCCCUGCUGGUGACUUGGGAUCACCCCCAGGACAACCCCCCUAAAGGAGAGCUUGAGUCCUUCAAAGUUUCCUGGGGAGUAAUAGGGGUGACCACAGGAUAUAAAUCUAGAAAAGUGGGACUACAAAAGAGGUGUCAUAUAACCAACCUUAACCCCGGCACUACAUACACCAUCAAGGUUCGAGGGAAGAACAAAGACGUGGGAAGGUUCGGUGAACCGGCUGAAAUCAUCGCCACCACCACCCAGGGAGUGCCACCGAAAGUCGUGGGGCUAACAAAUCCAAACGCCACUGUGUCGUGGCUCACCGUGUCGUGGAAAACACCCAACACCAAGACGGGUAUCACCAGCUUCUACAACGUUAAGCUCCGGCCCGCUCCUGCUGCUGCUUCCACAAACGACAGCCCUCAGUGGAACAAAACCGUUCACAAAACACAGGCUGAGUUCGAUGGCCUGGAAGCCGGAACGAAGUACACAGUUCAAGUGCGGGCGUGCAACUCCGAGAGCUGUGGCGACACAUUGGUGGGAGACGUCUGGACGCGCCCCGCCCCCCCACGCCUCCUGGAGGAGGGAGUGGACCUUGGGGAGGCCACUGGGGCCACCAUGACCAUCCAGCUGCCCCUCCUCGCAAACCCCCCCGGGUGGCACUACGUGAUGGUGCAGCGGCAGGGGACAGGCGUGUCGUCAACGAACUUGGAACAGGAGCUCAUGAAUACUGCGCGCGCCCUCGUGAAGGAGGAAAAUAAUCAAACUCGCCAGCGUCGUUCAGUUGACUCUCCCAUAAUGUACAUUGCGGCCAAGCUGCAGCAGGAGGAUGAUACGAGGCUACAAGUGACUUUGGGCGACAACAAGACCUCCGACGACCGUUACUAUAACCAGCCCUUGGAGAAGGGCGCUGCCUACUGGACGCUGGUAGUGACAGAGAAGAGGAGCGGCUCCUGGAAUGAGAUGGUGUGCAGUGUCCCCCGGAGAUUCGUGGCAGCCCCCAACAACACAUUUGAGGGGCUGGGUCUGGCGGCUGGGAUGGCAACGAUGUUGUUGGUGAUAGCAGCGCUGGCCAUUGUUUGCAUAAAGAAACGGCACCAACUGAGGGUGAAAAUGACCAGAGACCGCAUCGUAAAUGACUACCCACUCGCUACAUUACGCGGCGAUCCCUACUUCCUCCCUUUGGAGCACCACAACAAAGGGGAGGGAGACUCACCGACAUUGGGAUGGAACAACUCCUGCCCAUCCCAUGUCAGCCAAGACCCUGCCAAGGAAGACAUCUAUGCUAACGCAACGCUGCUAGUUUCCCAAAAAGACCUGGAGGCGUAUCUCCUGAGGGCCGUGUUGUCCGCAGAAACCAAAGAGGAGUUUGCCAAAGUUCCCAUCCUACUCUCAAGCAACACAUCAGCAAGCAGCCUGCCAGAAAACCGCACCAAGAACAGAUACCGGAUGAACGUGACCUAUGACGAGACGCGAGUGGUACUACCCCUGUAUGACAACAUUCCUCACAGUGACUAUAUCAACGCCAACUUCAUAGAGGGCCCAGGCCGCCGAGAUGCCUUCAUCGCCACCCAGGGUCCAAAGGAGGAAACGGUUGGGGCAUUCUGGCGAAUGGUGUGGCACACUCAGUGCCCUGCUAUAGUGAUGGUGGCCAACUUAACAGAGCGUGGCAAGGUGAAGGUGACACAAUACUGGCCUGAGCGUCAAACACUACUAGCUGAGGGCCUCACCGUCACCCCGGGCAGUGUUACAUCCACGAUGGACUUUGUGAUUCGGAUUUUCAUCCUGUCCGACGGGAGCACCCAAAGACAGGUGACACAUUACCAGUACAUUGCCUGGCCAGACCACGGUGUGCCCCAGAUGGCAUACGGCCUGGCUAACAUGCUGAAAAAGGUGCGCCUGAACCAUGACAACUGCCAUCCCAUCACGGUGCACUGCAGCGCGGGCAUCGGGCGCACUGGCACGGUGAUCUUGGUUCUGUACCUCCUGGAACAACUGAAGGCCGGGAGUGAAUUGAACACGAUGAUUGCUCUGUCUACCCUGAGGCGCGGCCGUGGCAGGCUGGUGGAGAACAUUGAUCAGUACAUCUUCGCCCAUCAGGUGCUUAACGAGGUACUGUUCGGUCUGGACACAGCCUUACCCUGCCACUCUUUUGACAAGAAAUUGUCGGCUAUCCGUUCCCCGCAGGCUCCCAACGGCAUCUCGCCUCUCCAGCAGCAAUUCAAGAAACUCAAGAGUCUCCCAAAAGACAUGUCCUUCAAGUAUGCCAAAGAUCCAGCAGUUGCCAGCCUUAACAGGAACAAGGACAUUCUGCCAGCUGACUGCCGCCUCCUGUUCGUGCCAUCGCUGACCUCUGGGCUGGAGUCUCGCUACCUAAAUGUUGUCAGGAUCAACGGUGCUGACAUGAAGGACGCCUACAUAGCAGGGGAGCAUCCCCAGACCCACACGCUGGCCAAGAUGUGGAGUCUUGUGCACGAGAAGGAGAUUGGUGCGUGGCUGAUGAUGCACGACUUCCCUGCCGGUGACAUGGAGUUCCCGCAAGUCGUGUGUGACUCGUCACUGCUGCAGAACAUGACACUGACAGCCUCGGAACCACGUAGCUUUGACCACUACAAGGAGCAGGAGGUGGACAUCAGUUUGUUCUCUCUGGGAAAAGUCAGAAAGCACAGAUGUGUUCUGCUGACACUCAAGGGGUGGGCCGCUAAUCACAGCCUGCCCGCCUCUCCCAGGCCUCUCAUCUCUCUCAUCGAACGAACCCUAGCCAUCCCAAGGUACAAGCAGAUUCUCAUGACAUGCAGGGAUGGUGUGACAAACUGCAGCGUGGUUGCGGCGCUGCUGGUGCCAUAGGACACACCAAACUGACACAGGAAGUGGACUUAUACCAGGCAGCAGCCAGUGUGAUGAACGACAGACCAGAGUUCAUUGUGAAUGAGGACCAGUACGAGUUCCUUCACCUUGCAAUGAACGCCUUCCUCAGCAACGAGAGACUCUAUGGCAACUUCAACUGAGGAUCACAGGCCUGGCGCCCCCAGCAACGCACCGUCACCAACACACCCACUCAAGCACACUAAAGCUGGAUACUUAUAUAUAUAUAUAUAUA